AUGGGCGGUGGCACCCCUACAGGCUCAUCCAGGGACAUUGGCAGACUCAGGGGCUCUCCCAGGAACAGCAGCGCCCGCAGGGACCGUGCCAAAGGCGGUAGCGCAAGCCAGGACGCUCCCAGGGACAGGGACGCUCCCAAGGGCCCUCCCAGAGAUGGCCUGCAACAGGCGGUGGUGCCCCCAGGGACCUUGCCAGAGGCAGUGGCGUCCUUAAGGGCCUUGCCAGAGGCAGUGGCGGCUUCAGGGGCCUUGCCAGUGGUGCUGGCGCCCCCAGGUUCUCUCCCUGGGACAGUGGCCUUCCAAGGGGUCCUCCCAGAAACGGCAGCCCUCCCAGGGGCUCUGCCAGCGACAGCGGCGCUCACAUGGGCUCUCCCAAGGACAUUGGUGCUCCCAGGGCCUUGCCAGGGACGGUGGCGAACCCAGGGGCCCUCCCAGGGACAGCGACGCACCCAGGGGCCCUCUCCGGGAUGGUAG